AAGGCCCCUCCCCACCCGAAGCGCUGCAGGCUCCGGGGCCGGCGCUGAUUUUCAGGUGCCUCCAGCUCCCCCCGGUGUGUCCCGCAGCACCUCCGGGCACUCAUCGCAGGGCCCGGCCUCCGGCCCCGAGUUCGGAGCUUUCAGCGAUCCCCGACCCUUCCCUGCCCGGGGCUCUCUGCUCCGCCCGCGGCGGGGAGGCGCAGCGGGCCGGCCCGGCCCCGCCGUGACCUGGAAGGGAAGCGGCGACACCGGGAUCGACUUCCCGGGGCCGCGGGGGGACGGGCGGGGCCGGCAUGGAGCGGCCGGGCGGCAGGCUGUAGCUGAUGCCCAGGCCCCCCUGGAAUGAUGCCGUCGAGGACCAAUCUCUCCGCUGGGAUCCCCAGUAGCAAAGUGAAAUAUUCCAAGCUCUCCAGCACCGACGAUGGAUACAUCGACCUGCAGUUCAAGAAGAGCCCACCCAAAAUCCCCUACAAGGCCAUCGCGCUGGCUGUGGUGCUCUUCAUGAUCGGGACCUUCCUCAUCAUCAUCGGAGCCCUGCUGCUGGCAGGGUACAUCAGCAAGGGGGAGACCGACCGGGCCAUCCCCGUGCUGAUCAUCGGCAUCCUGGUGUUCCUGCCGGGCUUCUACCACCUGCGCAUCGCCUACUACGCCUCCAAGGGCUACCGGGGCUACUCCUACGACGACAUCCCCGACUUCGACGACUGAGCUGUUCAUGAACCCCGCUCUGAUUAGGCUGCCUGGAGCUGGCACUUCCCCUGGAGGCUGGCAGGGCACGGCUGUCCCUGGUUCCCGGCCCCGAGGUGUCGCAGGUUUUGCAGUUUGGGGGGUGGGGGGGGCUCCAGCCCGGAAUUGACCAAAAGGAAUUGCAAAGAGCUUGGGAUUUAUGGGAUUUUUUUUUCCUCUCGGGGUUGCGUAAUUCCACUCGCUGGGAAGCUCUUCCUGGGCGAGGCAACCCUUGCAAUUCUCCAGAAAUAGAUGAGCCGGUUCCAGCAGCAGAUACUCGUUUUUUCUCUGUUUUCUAGAGUUUAUUUUAGCUCUCCCUGAGAUUGUGGUUAUUAUUGUUGGGUUACCUUUGCAGACAGGCCGUCAUUAAAUCCUCCUUUUGCCCUCUGCCCAUCAGAAAUGCUCCUGAGCUACUGCUCCUGGAGUAAAUAAAGUCUGAUGAGGGGGGAAAGCAGCACAGCUCCCUGUCAGCCUGGCCAAGCUCCUUUCCCCACAGACACCUCCCCGUGCCACCGCUGCUGCUGGCACAAUCUGCUUAUCCUUCACAGGGACCGUGCUGGAGUUUGCUUCUCAUUUAACAACCAGACGGAUCCUGGAACCCAGACCCAGCGUCUAAAUACCAGAAAUGCUGGGCUUGGCUGAUGUGGCUGUUGGAGACGCUUGAGCUCCAGCUGUCUGUCUGUCUGCUGGAGUCCUUCUGUCCUUGUGUAGAUGAUCUGCAGAGCUGCCCAGGCCUGUGAAGAGCAGUUCUCUGUGUAGUCCGUGCUGCCCAAACCCCCUGUGGAUUGCUUGGAUUGCUUUGCCAGCCUUGCUGGAGUGUCACGCAGGGCGAACGGCGAUGGCUGCGCUGCUGUCGGGUCAGACCAGGCUGUCUCCUGGCCCUCGGUGUCCUGCGCAAGGAGCGGCGAUGCCAGCGGACGCGUUUAACACCAAUAAAGUUCUGCAUCCUCUGCGAGCA